GCACCUGAAUGGACGGAGGAGGACCUCGGCCAGCUGACAAGAAGUAUGGUUAAGUUCCCAGGGGGCACCCCAGGUCGAUGGGAAAAGAUUGCUCACGAAUUGGGUCGAUCAGUGGCAGAUGUUACGAUGAAGGCCAAACAACUGAAAGAUUCUGUUACCUAUACACCAGGUAUCGUUAGGCUCUCCGAGCUUAAAACGCUGGCCCAGAAUUCAAAGAACGUCAAAGUCAAUGUGAACUUGCCAGACCACAUAAUCACCCAGCGAGAAAGGGAGGAGGAGGAGGAGGAAGAGGAGGAAGGGAACUACAUUCAUCACCCUGAGCAGAUGGAUGUCCAGAUUGAUCCAGGGGAGUCCGUUGCAAGUGAAACGAGACAGCGCAGACGAAAAGUUACCAAGGCACCUGAAGUGACUCCGCCGGCAGCGAAAGAGGUACCAGAAGAGAAGGGCAGAGGAAGACGCCAGAAAGACUUUGAUAACACCGAGCAAGAGGAAGAGAGUGAUGGUGAGAGCAGGAAAAGAGAGAAAAGCCGGGCCCCAGAAGAGCUGUGGACUCAGAAUCAACAGAAACUUCUUGAAAUGGCCUUGCAGCAGUAUCCAAAGGGAACAUCAGACCGCUGGGAUAAAAUAGCCAAAUGCGUUCCUGGGAAAAGCAAGGAGGAGUGUGUAGCAAGAUACAAGUUGCUUGUUGAACUGGUACAAAAGAAAAAAAUGGCUAAAAGCUGA